ACGUGGAAAGCGGCGAGGGCGCUGAUUGGCUGCGACGCGCGCUGUCCUCCUGGCUCGCCUCCCCCUGGAGGGCUUGUCGCGCAAGCAGCCUGCGGGACCCGUGCGCUCCGGCGGCUCCUCACUCGCUGUGGUCUCGUUUCCAGGCGAGCAUGCUGCGCUUCGGGCUCCUCCUGGCGCUCCUCUGGCUGCGCGGCGGCGCGGCCCUGGAGGACGUGGCCCCGACGGGAGGCACGGCGGCUCCCCGCAACGCCUCCCUGGACGGCGCCCCCACUCGCCCGCCGCCGCCCAUGUGCACGAGCAGGACGACCGUGGGCAAGACCUUCAAGUACAUCAACACGGUGGUGGCCUGCCUGGUCUUCGUGCUGGGCAUCAUCGGCAACUCCACGCUACUCCGCAUCAUCUACAAAAACAAGUGCAUGAGGAACGGGCCCAACAUCCUCAUCGCCAGCCUGGCCCUGGGCGACCUGCUCCUCAUCGUCAUCGACAUCCCCAUUAACCUCUACAAGCUUCACGCAGAAAAGUGGCCUUUUGGAGUUGAAAUAUGUAAAUUGGUCCCAUUUAUUCAAAAGACAUCAGUGGGCAUCACCGUCUUAAGUUUAUGUGCUCUCAGUAUUGACAGGUAUCGAGCAGUAGCUUCGUGGAGCCGGAUCAAGGGGAUCGGUGUGCCAAAAUGGACAGCAGUUGAAAUUGUCUUGAUCUGGGUUGUGUCCCUUGUUUUAGCAAUUCCUGAAGCUAUAGGUUUUGAUAUGAUUCCUAUGGAUUACAAGGGUGAAAAACUUAGGGUUUGCCUACUUAAUCCUCGGCAAGAAACAUAUUUCAUGCAGGUUUACAAGGAAGCUAAAGACUGGUGGCUUUUUAGUUUUUAUUUCUGCUUGCCACUGGCAAUCACAGCUCUUUUCUAUACGCUGAUGACCUGUGAGAUGUUGAGAAAGAAGAGUGGGAUGCAGAUCGCUUUGAAUGACCAUUUGAAACAGAGACGUGAAGUGGCAAAAACAGUCUUCUGCUUAGUGCUCGUUUUCGCCUUAUGUUGGCUACCUCUUCAUCUCGGCAGAAUACUGAAGUUUGCUCUUUAUGAUGAGCGUGACCCAAACAGAUGUGAACUUUUUAGUUUUUUACUGGUGUUAAACUACAUUGGCAUCAACAUGGCAUCACUGAAUUCCUGCAUUAAUCCCAUUGCUCUGUACUUGGUGAGCAAAAGAUUCAAAAACUGCUUUAAGUCAUGCCUCUGUUGCUGGUGCCAGUCCAAAGAUAUGCUCUCCCUGGAAGAAAAACAGUCCUGUUUAAAAUUCAGAGCCAAUGAUCAUGGAUAUGACAAUUUCCGCUCCAGCAACAAGUACAGUUCAUCUUAAGGAAGCAACCGUGCUCUCAGUGUUAUUUUUGUCAGUCGGUGGAUGACAAAGGACUACUAUUAUUAAGACAUCAAAUUAUGGCGGGGAGGGGAAGGAUUGGGGGGUUGCAUGAUAUUCAGAUCACUUCCACGCUCUUCCAGACAUAAUUAUCCAAAGUUCACAACUAUUUCACACAAAAAUAUCCUUGCAAGAGGCUGACAAACCCUUGUCAAAGCACUUAAACUCUUCAGAAUGAGCACUUCCAGAUCAUCCCCAGGUCCUGUAAAUGAAAUAGCCAUGUAUGACCCUGGAGGCAUGAGUAGUAAUUCUCACAGUAUACAGUAUAAUGUGACUAUUGUUGGGAGAAAGCUAGGUUAGUCUAUAAAUCAGUGUAGCCUUUUAUUUUCUUUUUGUUUUUUGGGGGGAAAGUCACAGACAAGUCUGUCAGUCUAUCCUAUAAUCCCACCUCAGAUGUGGAGUAUCUGUAUUGUAAUACAAAAGGCAUGCUGCUUCAUGUCACAGAUGAAGAACAAUCAACAAUUUUAUCUCUGUAUAUAGGAAGAAAAUGAAAGAGCCCAGUUAAACAAAAAAAAUCAGGUAAUUCUUAGGUAAGGAAAUAUAAACUUGCAAUUUGGGAUAGAACAAUAGGUGAUAGUAACCGAUCUUUGCAAAUCUGGCGGUGUCUACGGACAACGCUGGCUCUUUGGCUUAGAAAUGGAGAUGAGCACCAACCCCCAGAGUCGGUCACGACUGGACUUAACAUCAGGGAAAAACCUUUACCUAUAAUAUAAUUAAGAGUAUCCCUAUUCUCACAUACAUUUUUCUUGAUGUAGCAAGAAGUUACUAAUACUGUCCUAUGGCAGAAAAAAAUCCCUUCUUUUCACAGAGCUCUAGCUAUCAUAGUUGACCUUUGUAGCUGCAGAUAGGAAAGAGUGGAGGAUCUCAACCUUCACUUUUAUGGAGCCUUCAAAAGAUACUUUAGUUCUGCUUUUGUAAAUAUUCUGGUUGAGUCAUAACUAAGCCUGGAUUAGUAAGUAAUAAAAUACGGGCUGGUCCCAAUGUUAUUGUCUGCAUGAGAGAGAUAAUGUGCUUAUAAUGCAUGUGAAAUGGAACUGCCAGGAGCAUUUGCAUUUUAUGUAUGCAACACAGAGUACUAUUUCAAAAAUAAUACUAUUAGUUAACACAAGUUGAAGUUUAUUGCCAGUAUUAAUCAAAGAGCCAUCAUAGUGUAAUAUUAUGAGUGUUGGAUUAUGGCUGAAUCUACAUUGCCAUAUAAUCCAGUUCAGUGCAGUUAAUCUGCAUUCUGAAACUGCAUAAUAUGGCACUGUAGAUCCAGCCUAUGAGUGGCAGACCAGGGUUUCAAUCCCUGCUCCGCUGUGGAAACCUAUUGUGUGACCUUCGGCAGGUCACUAUAUCUUUUCCUAAGAAGAAGGUAAACCUUCUUUGAAUAAAUCAUGGCAAGAAAACCUUAUAAUUGGGUUGUCAUCAGUCCAAAAGGUUCAUAAUAACAACAGAUAAAAAGUAGUGGAGUAUGCUGCCUCAGAAUGUUGUGAAGUCUCCUUCUCUGGGGGGUUUUAAACAGAGGCUGGAUGACCAUCUGUUGGAGGUGCUUUGAUUCUGUGCUCUUGGAUGACAGGGAAUUGGAUGGUCCUCAUGGUUUCCUCCAAUCUUUGAUUCUAUGAUAGCACCUUUAUUCUGAGGCAUACUGUGUCUGAUCUGAAUGAAAUGCCUAUAUAACCAAAAUGCUAUAUAGAAGGAAUGGCCAAAGUGAGCUCUGGGGCUAAAUGUGUCCUCUACAGUUAUUGUUAAUCCUACCCACCAUCACCACCACUGUCACACACUUUUCUGUGUUGGCAUAUACUCUCUUGGAACAAUUCUGGAACAAGGAUUCAGCCACAGAGAAUGGCAAAUCAUGCCAAGGAAACCCUCUGAUAUCACCAUAUGGUCACUAUAGGUUAGGAAUGACUUGAAAGUGCACCACCCCAACAGCAACAGUGAAAACAACAAGCUUGACUAAGGUGCAUGUGUUGAUGCCAGCGACAUUUCCAGAUUCUUGAAAUAAGCCAAGAGCCAGACUCGUGUUAAAUGUGCUCACUAUUACUGCUAUGGGUGGUAACAUUUAUGUACUGUAUGUAUAUGAUAUACUAUUAAUUCAAUUUUAAUGUGCAGCUUUCAUGGUUAUGAUGUAUGGGUUUGGGGAAGACGGAUGAACGUAUUUUUAUGUAUAUUGUUUUGUUAUUGUUAUGUAGAGUGAAAAUAGGCAACUGUAGGAGGUCAGAAGGUUGCAGAUGUCCUACAGGACACAUUGCAGGGCAACACUUCUCUCAUCCUCUCCAAAAUUUAAAAUUGAUUUUGUGAAGCCUGGGACAUCAUAAGUCCAGGAGGGGCAUUUUUUAACAAUUGGAAGUGGCCAGUGCACUUCCUGUAUACUUCUUUUAUAUGCCUACAUUAGCUCCAAAACAUGGUGACCAUGGCACCAUGCCUCUCUAGAGGACAUUUAGGGGUAAACAAAAAUUUUAGUGGGUAGCGCUUUUGUAGAGACUGUCUCACAUUCCUAUCCCAUAUGUUAUUUCAUGGAAAUCACUCUGUUUGGAUCCUAGCAUUUGAUAAACCCAGCGGAUGGGCUAUGUGUCUUGAACAAAUUGCCUUCUUUUUUAGAAUUUGGUCACAUAUAUUGUAGUUUAGCCACACAUAUAACUAUAAACACAGAAAAUAUAUACGCUACCUACUUUUUUUAGACCAUACUGCCUACAAAAUAUAUUAUUAUCCAUUUGUACAGGGUUUGUAAGAAUGACUAUUAUUGACAGAACUCUUAACCAAACAUUUUUAUUGAGCCAUGCUUCUGUGCCUUUAAAAGCUGUUUGAGCUACAGCCAUUAGUAGGAAAAUGAUGGUUUAUCCGCUUGUUGCCAAAAGCUUCACUGGAUUUCUGCUGAUCCAGGCAGUUCGCCAGGAUGAUUUUGUUUUGUGUUUCUAGUGAAUGGGUAAUCCUAAUGCUGAUCGGAAAAGGAGCAAUAAUGUGAGCCAAGUAAGCUUUAGAAGCAGAAAUAAACAUCAUAGCAAUAAUAAGAACUACCUCCAAACCUUUCAAUAUUCAAUUUCAGUAUUUCAAUAUUCUCCUGAAAAGAUACCAACACAAGGCAACUUAACAAUCAUAAGAAGAUCUUCAACUUUUUAAUUUCAAUCUGUUCCGAUCUUCAUGAUUUUGGCCCUCCAAUUCCAUCAGAAUUAUUUGACUUCUCUGUUCUCAAUUGGUAUCCUUUAAUUGGAUUGUGUUAAACACUAUGUGUGCAUAUUCUCAUGUGCAGACACAGAGAGAAAAAUAUUCCAAAGGAAAUUCUCCAGUAAAUAAAUUAUUGUACAUAUAAUUUUGCAACAAACUAAAAUGACUACUCUCUAGAGAGAAUUAGUUGAUCCAAGCAUACUAAUACCUAAAGAAGAUACAUUGAAAUGCAGUAGGAUGCAUUUCUCUUGAUUAAUUUGUGUGCUAUUCCAUUUAAGGGAUCUCUUCAAUGAGUCUUCUAAAUUCCCAAUCUAGAUUCUAAAUCUCUCACAAUUGGCUGUGGUUGUUAGGGUAGAUGGGGACUAAAGUCCAACAACCUCUGGGCAGGCACUACCUGCCAUCCAUUGUCUCCUUUUAAGUAUUACUAUAUUUAAAUCUAAUUACAAAUUUCAACCUAUUGCUGUUGGAUUGUGCCCUAUAUGUUUAAGUAUAGUACAGUACUAUUUAUUGCAUAAAUGAUAUCAUGUAAAAGGCAAAUCAGUCCUAAAUUAUGACACAUGUAUGCAUUUCAUAUUUUUAAUGAAUGACAUGCAGAAAGGGUUGAAUUAUGUUCUGUGGCCUUUGUUAGAAGUCAGUCAUCAUAUUGUUACCUCAACAGAGUCAAGUAUGUUCAUAGAUGGAUUUUACUGCUUCCCACAACAGUAUUGACAUCAGUUGCUAUGCUAGGUGGGUUAGAAGAGGCACAUCAGCCUAUUUGUCAUAACUGAUCCUUUUUUAAUGUUUGUUUUAUGUACCUGUAGGUUUUUUUAUCACCACUUACUUUGACCACAAUGUUAGCAAGUUGAAUUGUCAAUAGUGAUGCUUGUAAAUAGUUUAUUUACAUCAAAAAUCUCUAGUGUUUUUCCCUCUGCACAUACCAAGCUGGAAAUUCAAUCUAAUCGAAUUGAAUGUAAUGCAUUAAGACCAGUAGAAGUUGGUUUUCAUGUCCAUAGAGCAGUGAAGGCAUUCCAACUUCUUGUUCAAAAUCCAAAGUAGUUUUUCAAGGUGUUGAUAUUUAGAUGUAGAAUUGGGCACCAUGGAGAGCUCUUUUAAAGUUUAAACUAAAACCCAAAGGAGAUACAAUAUUCCAUUGUUAUGGAAUUCCCAAGCUAUUUUUGAUAAUAUUUUUAUUACACAACAGUCAGAUACAUCUAUGAAAGACAAUAUUAGAACAAAGUUGAACUAUUAUAAAAGCAUAUAUUAAAACAUACACAUAUUAUAAUACAUGACACAUGUUAAAAUACAAUAAACAUAGAAUGUGAUUUGAGCAUUCAUGAUUCAAACUGACUGGAUAGGCCUGCUGGAAGAUAGGAGUCUUCAGAUGUGUUUUAAAUUCCAACAGCUCAUUUAACUGUCAGAUCUUCCCGCAAGUUAUUCCACAGUCUUGGAGCAGCCGAUGAAAAGGUCCUCUGGGUGACAGUCGGCAGUCGGGUUUUGGCUCAUAGAAGUGUCUGCCAGAGGACCUAAGUGUCCUAAAGGGCAGAUUGUCCAGAAGGUAAUCCUGUAGGUAACCUGGACACAAACCAUAUAGGGCUUUAAGGGUCCAAACCAACACUUUGUACUAUGGCUGUAGAUUACUUACAGACUCAGAGGCGGUAUGCUUGUACAUACUAAUUGUUGGGUAACAUGAGAAAAUGGAUGCUGUUUUAUGAUAUAAAUGUUUGUGGGCUUCCCAUAUAUGACCAUAAUGAACAGAAUGCUGGACUAAAUAGACUUUUGGAUAGACCAAAUAGGGACUCCCUUACAUUCUUAUGAAUCGGAUCCAAACUGAAAUGACACCUCGAAGAAUUCAGAGUUUUAAGGUAAUAUGAGAUAAUGGAAGUCUUGAAAAAUCUCUUAUGUUUUGGAGAAAAAAAACAUUAUUAAAGUACAUUUAUUUCCAA